AUGGAAAUAAAUGAUAAUAAUAAUAAUAUCAAGAAUGAUAGUACUUCCGACGAUGAUAUAUUAAUUAAUAAAAUUAAACAAAACUACGGUAAUAAUAAAUCAUGUAAUUCUCGAUCACCCAAAAAUGAUUCUAUAAAAAACCAAAAGAGUAAUUCUGAACUUGGUAUAAAAAAGAACACCAAGAAAUCAUUAGGUAUAAAAAAAGAGGAGGAAAAAAAAAAACAAAUAAGAAAAAGAAAAAAUGAUGAAACAAAAGAAAAAAAUAAUUUGAAAGAGGGAAAAAAGAAAUAUGUUAAAAAACAAUCCACAACAGUAAAAGAUGAAACCAAAUUAACGAAUGUUAUAAAAAAAGAAACUCAAACUAAUAAGAAACCUAAAAAAUUACUUAAAAAAUCAGAAGAAAAUUUUGAACCAAUAAAUAGAUGGUGGGAAAAAAUAGAUGAUCAAACAGAUAUACAAUGGAAUUAUUUAGAACAUCGAGGAUUAAUAUUUUCUCCUCCAUACGUUCAACAUCAUGUACCAAUUUUUUAUAAAAGUAUAAAAAUUGAAUUAAAUGCAAAAUCAGAAGAAUUAGCUACCUAUUGGUGUAGUGCAAUUGGUAGUGAUUAUUGUACAAAAGAAAAGUUUAUCUUAAAUUUUUUUAAAACUUUUAUAAAUAGUUUAGAAAAUGAUAAUAUUAUAAAACAAGAGAAUGAAACGAAAUUAAAAAAAGGAGAUAUAUCUAAUUUUAAGUUUAUUGAUUUUAUGCCAAUCAAAGAUCAUUUAUUAAAAUUAAGAGAAGAAAAGUUAAAUAGAACAAAAGAAGAAAAAGAAGAAGAAAAAAAAAUGAGAAUGGAAAAAGAAUUACCAUAUACAUAUGCAUUAGUUGAUUGGAUUCGUGAAAAGAUAUCAAGUAAUAAAGCAGAACCACCUGGAUUAUUUAGAGGAAGAGGAGAACAUCCAAAACAAGGUUUAUUAAAAAAAAGAAUUUUUCCAGAAGAUGUUGUAAUUAAUAUUAGUAAAGAUGCACCUGUACCACGAUUAUAUGAUAAUAUGUGUGGACAUAAUUGGGGUGAUAUAUAUCAUGAUAAUAAAGUAACAUGGUUAGCUUAUUAUAAAGAUAGUAUUAAUGAUCAAAUAAAAUAUACUUUUUUAUCUGCUCAAUCAAAAUUUAAAGGAUAUAAAGAUCUUAUGAAAUAUGAAAAUGCUCGAAAAUUAAAAUCAUGUGUUCAUAAAAUUAGGGAAGAUUAUAAAAAUAAAAUGAAAAAUAAAAGUAUUAUUGAUAAACAGUUAGGAACAGCUGUUUAUUUAAUAGAUUUUCUAGCAUUAAGAGUAGGAGGAGAAAAAGAUAUUGAUGAAGAAGCAGAUACUGUAGGUUGUUGUAGUUUAAGAGUAGAACAUAUUAGUUUUGCACACGAUGUACCUUUUAAAAGUGUAGAUACAAAAGAACAAAAAUCAAAUGAUGAAAAAGUAAAUAAAAUACCAUUACCAAUAAAUUUAGAAAGUAUUUCAUCAGAAGAUUGUUAUAUAACUUUAGAUUUUUUAGGAAAAGAUAGUAUACGAUAUUUUAAUACAGUAAAAAUAGAUAAACAAGCAUAUAUUAAUAUUAUAAUAUUUUGUAAAAAUAAAAAUAGAGAUGAAGGAGUUUUUGAUCAAAUAACUUGUUCAAAAUUAAAUGAAUAUCUAAAAGAAAUUAUGCCUACUUUAUCAGCUAAAGUUUUUCGUACAUAUAAUGCUUCAAUUACAUUAGAUCAACAAUUAAAAAGAAUAAAAGAAGUUUAUGGAAAAACAACAUACUCAUUAUAUUCUGGUGACACAGAAUUACACAAAUCGAAAAAAAGAAAAUCUAGUCAUUUAACUGCAGAUACACAUGUAUUAAGUGAUGCAAGUGAUUCUACUAUAAAUGAUGUAAAUAACGAAUAUGAUGAAAAUGGAAUAAAUAAAAAAUUAUCAUGUGCUACUACUGUAGGAAAAGAAAACGAUGUCGAUAAUAAAAACUCACCAAUAGAAGUUGAUGUUUCAAAUAUAAAUGAACUUAUUAAUUUUUAUAAUAAUGCAAAUAGAGAAGUAGCCAUAUUAUGUAAUCACCAAAGAAGUAUUCCAAAACAACAUGAUACAACUAUGUCAAAAAUAAAAAAACAAAUUGAACUAUAUAAUGAAGAUAUAAAAGAAUAUAAAAAAUAUUUGCAACAUUUAAAAAAAAAUAGUGAUAAAAAAUUUGUCUUUGUUUCGAAAGUUGCUACUUUAGAUGGAACUUUAAGACCAAAUAAAGUCAAAGAAAAUAUGAAAGAAGAAUCUUGUAAAAAAAAACUAAUUACUCUUAUAAAAAAAGUUGAAUUAUUAAAUAACCAAAUGAAAGUAAGAGAUGAUAAUAAAACUAUUGCUUUAGGUACAUCUAAAAUUAAUUAUAUGGAUCCAAGAAUAACUGUUGCUUUUUGCAAAAAAUUUGAAAUACCCAUAGAAAAAGUAUUUAAUAGAAGUUUAAGACUUAAAUUUCCUUGGGCCAUGUUUGCUACAAAAAAUUUUACAUUUUAA